AGUAUACAAUCUGAUAUAUCAUUUCACAUUCCUAUAUUUGCAUCUCCGCAGACACGGAGUCUCCAUCUCUCUACUACUCCCAAAUAUAUUUUGUAUUUUGUUCGCCGAGUCUUUAUCAUCCUCCUCCCAUCUUCUCCCACAAUGUCCUCGGCUCUUCUCCAGGACUCCUUGCCACCGCCACCCUCCACCCUCGGUCCUCGCUUUCGUCCGUAUGCAAGUCCAAACCAUCAGGUCACAAAAGGUCGCUAUAUCACCAGCAACGAUCCACGCGGUUACAUUCCUGUCUAUGAAUAUCCCCUCAACGGUCAAUGGAUCAUGAUGGACAUCGAUGAUGGUUACAUUCUUUGGACUGGCAUAUGGAAAGCGCUCGGCAAUUCCAAAGCUGACAUCGUCAAAAUGAUCGAUUCACAGCCUGACCUCGCUCCACUAAUCCGUCGAGUACGGGGUGGCUAUCUCAAGAUACAAGGCACAUGGAUGCCUUACGAGGUCGCUCUGCGUCUAGCUCGUCGAGUCGCUUGGCCCAUUCGUGAUGACUUGAUACCAUUAUUUGGGCAAGUGGCACAUCUACUAUGAUC